AUGUCGGGUUACAGGCAAGCGACGACAUCAGCAUCGUCUUCGCACGAUGUGCCGCCUCUACCGCCACCAGCUGACGCGCAGGACGUGAUCCCUCUUUUCCCGGACACCGAUGACGAGUUCUUGCAGGAGACUAGGGGGUUGUGCGUGCAUGGACGCAAGGCCUGCACUAAUCUGCUGCGCACGGGUCAUUGCCGGCGUGGGGAGAGCUGCUCAUACUGCCACCGACACGAACGAGACGAGAGCAUGGCCCGCCCGGCACAGUCGCGGCGCGAGCGCGCCGCCCGCCAGGCCGAAGUGGGCGCUGCCGUCCAGCUUCCGCUCAUGAGCCUGAGCUCGGAGCGUGUUCACCUGGUCACUGGCUACAUAGCUGACAUUGCUGCCGACGGGUCAUGCAGUAUCAUUCUGAAUAAUGGGAAUGGCACAGUCCUCAUUCCGGCAAGUGUAGCGGUGUCGUUCGCGCUGCCGCCAUACCAACCGAGCAUGAGGCACCGGUUUGGAUCACAAGAAACCUCUGGCUUUGUGCCGAUAUUUGAUGGGCUCCAGACCGGAGUCAUCGGUGCAGCGGCUGCAUCGAGCCGUGCCAGCGGGGUCAGUCUUCUCUCGGCUGCUGGCGCAGCUCUUGCGCCAGUGCUGCGGAAAGCGCAGCAGGCAUGGAAGGGUUUCCAGACGCAAUGUGCUCAACUCUGGCAGAAGCUACAAUUGACUUUCGAGAGUGACACGUGCUGCGUGUGCCUCCAGCCGCUGGCCCCUGACGAUGCACCUGCGGCCAUCCUGCUCCCAUGCAACCACAUGUGCAUGCACUGGAGCUGCUUCGAACACUUCCGGUCCAGCUCAGGUGCACCUUUCCAGUGUCCCAUCUGUAGAAAGACUGUCACGCGGGCCCUGAACACGGGAGGCAGCCCGUGA